AUGUGCGGUUUUACUUUGAAUUUUUACUUCCUCGUGGUUGCUGUGCUAGCAGGAUGUGCCUCCCAGGUGGUAGAUCGUCCCAAUGUUUUGUUGAUCAUUUUGGACGACUUUCGGCCGGCUAUCAAGAGAUACGGAGACGAUAACGCCAUAACGCCCAACAUCGAUAGGCUCGUGCGAGGAGGCUAUCGGUUUGAAAAUGUUUUUGCACAGCAAGCACUUUGUGCACCGAGCCGCAACUCGAUGCUCACCGGAAGGCGUCCCGAUACGGUGCGGUUGUACGACUUCUACAGCUACUGGCGCGAUUUCUCUGGUAACUUCACCACGCUGCCGCAGUAUUUUAAACAGCACGGUUAUCGAACCCAUUCGGUGGGGAAAGUUUUCCAUCCUGGCGUUUCGUCGAACUUUACCGACGACUACCCGUUGAGCUGGUCCGAACCAACGUACCAUCCGCCGACGGAACAAUUUACCAACUCUCCCGUUUGCAUCGAUCCGAUUGAUGGUCAGUUACGCAGAAACCUUCUAUGUGCGGUGAUUCCGGAAAUGCAACCACUUCACACACUACCAGACUUGGAAAGCACGGAGGAAGCAAAACGUUUUCUAAGAGACUACGGCAAUGGGCCGUAUUUCCUUGCCGUCGGUUACCACAAACCUCACAUCCCAUUCCGCAUUCCGAUGAAGUAUCUCAGCCUCCACCCACAGUCCAAGUUUACGGCCGCCGGUUCGUGGGAUCGACCGUGGGGAUUACCUGCGGUAGCUUGGGCUCCCUUUUUGGACGUACGUGAACGAGAUGACGCCCGCCAGUUGAACAUACCCUUUCCUUACGGACGCGUUCCGGAAGAUUUUCAACAACGCAUCAGGCAACAUUAUUACGCCGCGGUGACGUAUGUAGACGAACUGAUUGGAGAGCUGCUGGCCGAGGUGGAUCUGGCUCGUACGAUCGUACUGCUCACCUCCGACCACGGUUGGUCGCUCGGUGAGCACGGAGAGUGGGCAAAGUACAGCAAUUACGAUGUGGCUGUGCGAGUUCCGCUCGUUAUCAGUACUCCAACAAUCAAGGCUCCGGACAGUGGUUCUGAAGAAGUUAAAAUUGAGAACGUCGUGGAGUUGCUUGACAUUUUUCCAACACUCGUCGAUCUUGCUGGACUUCCGCCGAUACCAGCUUGCCAUGAAGAGCGACCUCGUAAAGCGUUAAGCUGUGUGGAAGGAAAAUCCCUAAUGCCGUU